AUGCCCUUUGGCAUUGUUCCCGGAAAACGCAGACCUCUCAUGCUUGAUACAUUCCUUCAACUCCUUAUCGAGGAGUUCAAUCGAGUCUCCCUAGACCUGCAGACCUCCGUUCGUAGCUGGGAUAGUUACAACGAACAUAAGUUCGACCUUCGCUGUCAUCUGGUUAUGGUGACUGGCGAUACACCUGCUAUCAGCACUGUUAUGGGGACUAAGGGGCACAAUGCGAUCUCUCCUUGUCGGUUCUGUCAUAUCAUUGAAGUCCCCUUUCGUCCGAACCAGAAGACGACAUACUACUAUCCCUUGGAGCCGCCAAAAGGCCAUGUACACCCGGCUGAUUCAAACACCCCCCCUCUGAUAGGUCUGCCUCCAGACACACUCUAUAUGCGUACGAAUGCACGUCAUCGGAUAGAUGCACGACGAGCAGAGCUGAAUGCAGCCUUUGCAAAAGCGAGGGGUCUCAACAGACUUCCCAUCCUCGCCAAACUGGAUACGAUUGACUUUCCCUGCUCCUUCCCAAUCGACAUGACGCACUUGAUCUAUCAAGGCAGCGUGCCCAUCAUGGCAGAUCACUGGGAGGGGAAAUUCUUCAGUCAUAUGCGAGAGGACCGCUGGUUCGAUUAUGCGCAAUUCGGCAAGGAUCUCGGUGACGCUGCUUGCUGACGCAGGACGGUGUAACUUCUUCGUCUUUUAUAUAUCCUAAAGGUGGACAGAUAUGCCAAUCAGUGGAGCCGAGCUCCUGAGUUUGCGGAUAAGGCAUUUUACGGUAUCAUGCACUUCUACUUCCAAACCGACUUCCAGGGGAAGAUCUUCCUAUUGGCAUACGUCACUGCACAUCGACAUAAAACGAG